AUGUCCACUCAGGCAGAUGCAUCUCAAGCAGAUGCUUUUGCUCAUGCACUCGCUGGGGCAGGCGGAGGUGCCAUGUCAAUGGCUCUUACGUAUCCUUUGGUCGCAGUAACCACGAAAAUGCAGACCCUGGGUUCGGACGAGACACCAGAAACGGUUGAAAAACAGGGUCUUGUCGCAACAAUCAAAGAUGUAUAUAAAAAACAUGGCGUAGUGGGCUUUUUUGCCGGUCUCGAAAGCGCCGUUAUCGGCAUGGCGUUCUCCUCCUUCGUCUAUUACUACUGUUACGAGGCAUCGUCCAGGUGCAUCAUGAAAUACACGGGCAAACAGAGACUGAACACUGCCGAAUCAAUGCUCGUGGGCACAAUAGCUGGCUCCGUCAAUGCUGCUGCGACCAACCCGCUAUGGGUUGCGAACACCAGGAUGACAGUGGAUAAAACUGAACGUAACACUCUCAGAACGAUCCUGGACAUCGCACAUAAAGACGGCCCUGCGACUUUGUUUAACGGUCUCAAGCCAGCGCUUGUCCUCGUCAUCAACCCGAUCAUUCAAUACACGGUUUUUGAACAAUUGAAAAACACCAUUCUAGAAAAAAGUCACAGUCGCACUCUGAGUCCGUCAUGGGCGUUUCUUUCGGGAGCACUAGGAAAACUGAUUGCCACAGGCUCCACUUACCCAUACGUCACAAUGAAAGCUAGGAUGCACCUCAAGGGAAAGCAAAAGGCCCACAGUGAUAAGCCAACGGCUCCGACAUCUUUGGUGUCGUUGAUGAUGGAAACAGUGAAAAAGAACGGAGUUUCGGAGCUGUAUCGAGGAAUAGGCCUCAAGCUGGUACAAAGCGUUUUAACCGCCGCCUUUUUGUUUUUCUUUAAGGAAGGACUAGUUCUUUGGAGCAUAAAGGCAUUAAAAACGCUUUCUCAAUUGAACAGGAGAAGGCGACUCUUGAACAAGGUCUGA